GACUGUAUAAAAUAGGUUUGUACAUCAUCCAUACAGAAGAGCAACGGAUAGUAUCUAAACGUUAAAAAGUGUUUUUGAGGGCAUAACAAAAGGCUCGUCCCUUUCUACAAGAGCGCGACAUCAGGAUGUAUUGGAAAGUAAAGGACGAUAGAAACAAGAGAGGCAAUUUCCCACACAGCUACUUGAUGUAGCAAUAUUAACGCACUUUUUUUAUUCAUCGCUGAAUGACUACAAUGAAACCUCUGGACAUUAUCAAAGAAAAGAGCAACAUGUGGAUAUUUGGAUAUGGUUCCUUAGUGUGGAAACCUAAUUUUGCAUACAAGAGGAGCAAAGUUGGCUUCAUUAAAGGAUACGAAAGGCGCUUCUGGCAUGGAGAUACUUUUUAUCGAGGGGACAAGGAAAAUCCAGGUAGAGUGGCCACACUAGUGAAGGAUCAGGAGGCUUGCACAUGGGGAGUGGCCUAUGAAGUGACUGAGUCCCAGAUGGAAGAUUCCCUUCAGUAUCUGUCAAUGAGAGAGGUUGAGUUGGGAGGUUACAAAACAGAGAUGGUGGAGUUCAACCCUAAGGAGAAGGGUCACAGUGUUCUGUCGGCCAUCGUCUACAUUGCUACUUCUGACAACCCCAUCUAUCUCGGCCCAGCCUCAGACGAGGAGAUCGCCGCCCAGAUUGCCACCCGUAGAGGCAACGCGGGCCACAAUAUUGAAUAUCUGGUCCGCCUGGCAGAGUUCAUGAGGCUCUACUGUCCCGAGGUAGAAGACGAGCACCUCUUCUCUAUUGAGGCGGCUGUUCUGAACAUUUUCCAUGACUGUGGAGGGAUCAAACCCCCUGACCAAAAGCCUCUAAAGUACGGAGCUCCAUGAAAGAUAAGACACUCCUCAUCACAACAAUGUUAAUGUUUUUAUACUGGGUGAAAGGGAAAUGAAGUCCUACAACACACUGCAAGUGUUUUCUGUGCUUGAAAGAGGAAACCUUUUGACCGUCUGACAUUUUUCAACUGUGAAGACAGAAAUUGUUAGGUUAUACAUGCUUUACUACGUGCUGUAGAAAAACUCCAGAAGCAGGAGAUGCUUUUAAAACAACACACUAAGAGAUGACUUCUCUUUUUGAAUACUUAAUAUAUUAAACCAUUAUUGUUAAAGGCUCUCAGAAGAAAUUGUAUACUGUGUAAAAACAUUUUUUUAAAUAAAAACACUCAAA